CGGGAAUGACAGGUACACCCGCAAAUGUCGAGAUAACGGCUCCCCAGCAUCGACCCAUUUAAAUAUGCCUACAGCUCAGCCUCAGCCUCAGCCUCAGCCUCAGAGCCAGAGUUCAACUUUAACGUCAAUGGGUUCUCUUCCCUACUCCGACGUCGAUUGCAGCUUGAGGGCCUUGGCCGGACGGGCCGAGGGUUUCGGCCGUUUCUCUGUCGGUGGCCUUGAUGGACCACUCUAUCACGUCACCACUUUAGCAGAUGAUGGUCCUGGAUCACUUCGUGAUGGAUGUCGUCGAAAAGAACCACUUUGGAUUGUUUUUGAAGUUUCAGGCACCAUUGAGCUCUCAGCUUACUUGAAUGUAUCUUCAUACAAGACAAUUGAUGGCCGGGGCCAAAGGAUAAAAUUUACCGGCAAAGGUUUAAGGCUGAAAGAGUGUGAACAUGUAAUUAUAUGCAAUCUGGAAUUUGAGGGUGGUAGGGGACAUGAUGUUGAUGGUAUUCAAAUAAAACCUAAGUCAAGGCACAUAUGGAUAGACCGUUGCAGCUUGCAGGAUUAUGACGAUGGACUGAUUGAUAUCACACGUGAAAGUACAGAUAUAACUGUUUCAAGAUGUCAUUUUUCACGGCAUGACAAGACUAUGCUUAUUGGUGCAGACCCCAGUCACACUGGAGACAGAUGCAUACGAGUGACCAUUCACCAUUGCUUUUUUGAUGGGACCCGACAGCGUCAUCCUCGUCUUAGAUUUGGCAAGGUUCAUCUGUACAACAACUACACGAGAGAUUGGGGCAUAUAUGCUGUUUGUGCCAGCGUAGAAUCACAGAUAUACUCCCAGUGCAACAUAUAUGAAGCAGGGCAGAAGAAGGUGGCUUUUAAAUACUAUACGGAGAAGGCAGCAGAUCAAGAAGAAAGUCGGUCUGGUUGCAUAAGGUCUGAAGGGGAUCUGUUCAUUAAUGGAGCUCAAGCAUGUCUAUUGACAGGGGUGGACGGGGAAAGCAUGUUUCAUCCAAGUGAAUACUACCCGACAUGGACCAUGGAAGCUCCUUCAGAUGCCCUAAAAGAAAUUCUCCAAAUUUGUACCGGAUGGAAAUCCAUUCCAAGGCCACCAGAACAAGCAGUUAUCCCGUAGCAUGUCUAUUGACAGGGGUGGACGGGGAAAGUAUGUUCAAUAAUAAAGA